AUGCCGCCGCCGGCACAAUCCGCGCGCCCGACGUCCCUGUUCGCGGCCUCCUCGCUGCUCUCGCCGCUGUCCGCGACCGCCCCAAGCAGCAGCUGCGGCAGCAACAGUAACAGCUCCUCGUCGCCGUCUCCACAGCACCUCGAGCCACCCCAGCAGUCCGGAUCCGCUAUGAACCGCCUAUCGCUCGACUCGGCGCUGAUGCGCAAGAACCCCUUCGCCCGCGCCAACGCCAGCCAACUCUCCAUCUCCACCGAGAGCCCCAGCGACCACGACAUCGAGCCCGGCCUCAAGAGCGCGCCCCCCGUCCCGGACGGCCAGAAACGCCACAGCGCCAACUUUCCGCUGGCAGACCGCCUGCUGGCUUCCUUUUCCUCCGUCUCGCUGUCCUCCAGCAACGACGACCCGCCCAUGCCGACCGACGCCGCCGCCGCCACCGGCGUCGGCUGCGAGGUGUCCGACGACGAGAUGCAGGCCCUGCUGGAGCACGUCCGCCGCUCCGAGAACGAGCGCGCCCGCGCCGAGCACGAGCUGCAGCGCCGCGAGAAGGAGCUGGCCCGGGUCAAGAACGAACUGCGCAAGGCGGAGCGCGAGAUCGAGGAGCUGCGCAACCGCCUGCGCCGCCACGAGCAGCACCGCGGCGCCCUCGACGGCACCCUCAACCCGGAGGAGCUCGGCGUGCUGCCGCCGCCCACCAGCCGCCACGACAGCCUCGACCCGAACCACACGAGAGCCAGCAGCUGUUCCACCACCGGUGCCGGCGCCGGCCCUACCGCCGCCACUUCGGUCCCCUCUCCCGUCGGCGAAAGCCCGUACUACGUCUCGGGCGAGGUCUACGGCGCCAGCACCAGCACCAUGGACCUCAGCCCGACGACGGCCACGGCCACGGCCAACGCGACCCCGAGCCUGCGCCCGCUCAGCUGCAGCGCCGCCCUCCCCCCGCGCUUCGGCAACGGCUCCAGCCCGCGCCUGCAGACGCAGCCGUCCAUGACGUCCAUCAGCGAAGCCAUCCCCGCCGCCGCCGCCGCCGCAUCCUCCUCGGGCAGCCCCGUCGACCAGCACGAAUACUCGCCUUCUUACCCCCAGGCCACCGAGGAGAACCCCUACCAGUACCGCCCGUACCAGUUCCCUCCCCCAACCACCACCACCAUCCCCCAAGCCGGCGAGCACUACGAGCACCACCAACACCAACAGCACGCCGCCGACAUCGCCGCCGCCGCCGCCGCCCUCGAAGGCAACGCCCCUCCCAUCCCCGGCGACGACGCCGCCCACGGCGCGUCCAAGAGCGGCAGCGGCCGCCGCUUCCUGCGUUCCCGCCACGGCAAAGAAAAAUCGGCGUCGGCGCCCCGUCCGAAGAGCUCGUAUGCCGGCGCCGGCGCGCCGCAAGAGGGCGGGCUCAAGAUCAAGGAGAAGAAGUCGGCGGGCCGCCUGCGUGAGAAGUUCUCGCGCAUGUCGCUGUUUGGCGGGAAGAGGGAUGAUGCUGCUGCCCCCGCUGGCGGUGCUGGUGUUCCGUCUGAGCCUGUGCCGGCUGUGCCGGCUAUGGAGGCGUAA